GUUUCCUUGGCAACAGGAGAAAGCAACGAACCAUGAGAAAGCAAAGCAGUCCUCUGAUCAACACUUUCUCUAAAUGAUCGGUUGCUUAUCAGUUUAGGUGCAAAAGAUCAAACAGCUAGCAGAGGAGGAAAUGGCUGGCCAAGAGGUUAAGCAGCUUGAGGAAUGCUCAGUUUCCAAUGCAUUAGGUACAUGGAUAUUUUCAGUAGCAGGGGCUUUGCUAGCAAUUCCAGUGGGUAUAAAGCGGAAAUCUUUAGCACCCCUUGUGUUCUUUGGCACAACUGGUACAAUGCUCUAUAUCAUUAUGGGAAUCAGUGCUUGUGAAAGAGAACAUGCAGAACGCCAGAUGAAGCUAUUAGAAGCUCAAAAUUCAGCAGCAGAUGAUUCUACUUUUUCAGAGACAGGAUCUGAAUCACAUUCCUAAUCUUAGAAGCCGUACAUUCAAAUCUUUGAAGGUGCUUUGAUCUGUCGUUCAAACUAGCUUGGCUGUAGAAGAGACCUAGUGAAUUGCUGCUUCUGGGUUGGCUAAUUUUCUCCUUGUAUAUAUGGCAUUGAUCAUUCUCAUACUACUGUUAAAACUAUUAGAGGUGAAUAGGAAAUUGGCACCUUGUCUUGAAGCUAUGUUUUCUGUUGAUUUAGCAUAGCUUUACAAAGAAAAUCAUUCAACUACCAUGCAUGUCUUGGCUUAAUGCACUUGAACAAGGCUUUAGGCUACUUUAAGACAAUUUUAUGCAACUAAAGCAUUCAUCAUAAGAAAACUAUGGCAAGCAUAUAUGAAGCAGA